AUGGACGCGUUGCGAGGCGCGGUCGCGUCCGCGGUCCACCGCGGGUCCGACGCCGUGGACGCGUUCGCGCGGCAUCGCAAGAUCGACGCCGUGUGCGUGGACGACGCGAAGCCCGCCGCGGUCUACCUCCUCGAGGAGCUCGCGACCGCGACGAGAUCGUGGCCGACGGACGCCCUCGACGACGUCGCCGCGCACGUCGGCAAGCGCAUCGAUCAUUCAUCCCCGCACGUCAAGCUGAAGGCGCUUCGAUGCCUCAAGUACGUGUGUCAGCGCGGGGACGCGCGGUUCCGUCGCGCCGCCGCGAAGCACUGCGCCGCGCGCGUGCGCGCGUGCGUCGCGCACCGCGGGCCGCCGGACGAGCACCGCGGGGACGCGCCGCACGAGGCGGUCAGAGACCAGGCGACGGAGGCGAUCGCCGCCAUGUUUCCGAAAGACGAGGUGCGUUCUAUACACUGGUCCCCAUACGACCCCGUUCGCGUGGUGGACGCCGAUCCUUAA